UGUUUGACCUAUACGCUGAAGCUCGCAAAAACUCCGUCCUACUUAAACGGAUUUUGGUCCUUUUUCUAGGGCAAAAACUGUUGGGGAUAGAGCAGCCCGACGGCCAUUGAAUCAUCCGCCAGACGCUUGCCAUGCUUUUGAAGCGAUUCGGGCUCGGUUGACGUGCGUCUGAAGACGAUGGCAGCGCGCACUUGUUCUCUGUCGGCGCGUCCUGGCGCCACCGCAAUGCUGGAUGCCAGCUCCGGAUAGUCGUUCCCCUUGCCUCGAUAUCCGCUGCGCUGGUGCUUGGUAACUCCGCCACCAUGCUGCACGGGGGCGGACCCAGAAGUUGAGACUGCUGUCCGAGAGUUUACAGCUCAUGGCCGCUUGUCGAGACAAACAACAGACACAGGUUGCUGAAGCCAUUGCGCUUUCUGCUCGAGCAUUAAUAGACGCCGUUUCGUCCGUCGUCAAAGCGGCAUCAACCUGUCACUGCUGUCACAGCUUCAAACUGCACUACAUCAGAUGCGUAGAGCCGCCACUACAAUACAGUUCACUGUCAGCGCAACACUCUCUUCUUGUUCUACAUGUCGUGUCAAGGAAAUCCGUUGGAAGCCGCUCCUCCACACACGACCAAGUCGUCAGGUCGCCAUGGAGAGUCUCACUGAGACGGCCAAGGUGAUGUGGUGAGUCUGGCGUGACUUGAGCCGGAACCGCAAGUGCAACCAAGCAGCAAAGCUAGAGAAAUCAACUUUUGAUCCAGUGAUUACCAGGCAGUUAGGCAUGCCUUAGGCAACCGUGUCUCGUUGUCCAGCACGGCAAGGCUUGCGGCCUCAGCGCGCGAGUCUUGUCGGAGGCUAUCUCCUAUCAGAAAUUCCCCGUGGCCAUAAGCAGGUACUGUAUCCAUGUCAAAUCCUCAAUGCAACAACAGCAAAGUUUCCAAAGCUUGGGCAACGGUCAACUUCAACGUUCACGGAUCUGCAUCAAUCCAGCAUUUGUUCAUUUAUCGAGAACUAUUUACACAUCCGA